AUGUGCUUGUUCAGAUAUGGCUCGUUUGUGAGCUUUAUGAACAUCAUAUUCAAGUCUCGUGGCUGCCAUGCGGUAGGCGCAUUCGGAUCAAGAGGACAACGCCCUUCCACUGAUAAGUAUUCACUAGAUUUACAAACAGGAGCACAGCUGCGUUUCAUAUCUAGCAAGCUUCAAGGCAGUGUCCAGCAGGAGUUGAAAGGCGACCAAUCCUUCCCAGUCCAGCCCAAUGACGUUGUAGAGUUGCUCGAAUCCUCGGAAGAAUAUAUGGAAAACCUAAGAAUUGCCAAAGAAUUAAAGGAACUAUGCAAAGUGGAACACAAGAUGUGUGCUGCAUGGGCCUUGAAUGGAGAGUGUGAACGAAACCCUCAGUGGGAUGAUGGUUGA